GUGAAACGCUUUAGUCUCUUUCACGAUCGCGCUCUCUCCGCAUUUCCUUUUCUACAUUCCGUCGAUUUCGUAACAGCCUCAGCAAAAAAAAAACAAGUAAACCCCAUAGGUGACGAAACAAACAAUUAAAAAUAUCAAAAGGAGACAAAACGGAUUUGAAAAAAAUUCUCACUUACCAACGAGUGUCGAGUGUCGAGGAUCAUUUGGAAACACGUGAACGAGUUUCCAUCAGGCAGAAAUAAAUCCAGCCACUGAUACUAGAACAAGAGGAUCACAGACUGACAUGACCCAUCGAUAGGAGAAAAGGAUCUCUCUGUGACAUGAGAGAGUGACUUUGAAAAUGAUGAGGAGGAGCGGUGCGAGGAAACGCAGAGCUGCUGAGGGAGAUAAAUUGAUAUUACUCCUUGUCACAUUAGCUCCUGUUCUCUGCUCCGCUGGAAUCCUGGACCCGUGGCAAUGGGCACGCAGUGAUCGAAUUGAAGUCAACAUACCAUGGCUACCCUUCGAAAAUGAAACACGCUGCUACAGCGAAUUGGGUUGUCUGAACAUCACCAGAAGUUGGUAUCACCUCAUUCAUCGACCCCUAAAUGUUUUUCCGCUACCUCGUGAGGUCAUUAAUACGAGAUUUAUACUUUACACCAAUGAAAAUCCCACCGAAGGCCAAGUCUUAAUAGUUAAUAAGGAUAAGUCUAUUAAGCGUUCGAACUUUGAUGCGAAGCGCAAAACUAAGUUUAUUAUACAUGGAUUUAUAGACACGCCGCUCAGCAACUGGGUGAAGGAGAUGAGAAAUGAGCUGCUUAAGCAUGGUGAUUACAACGUCAUCAUCGUCGAUUGGGCUGGAGGAAGUCUUCCUCUUUAUACUCAAGCUACAGCGAAUACGAGACUCGUCGGCUUGGAAAUCGCGAAUCUUAUCAAGCAUCUUCAGAUGAACUACGGCCUAGAUACCAUGGACGUACACUUGAUAGGCCACAGUCUUGGGGCCCAUACAGCAGGAUACGCUGGAGAAAAACUCGAAGGAUCAGUUGGUCGAAUCACUGGCCUAGAUCCAGCCGAGCCCUAUUUUCAAGGCAUGCCAAGUCACCUGCGUCUGGAUUACACAGACGCCCAAUUAGUCGACGUUAUCCACACAGAUGGGAAGAGCAUCUUCUUCCUAGGAUUUCCAGGAUACGGGAUGAGCCAACCCUGCGGUCAUUUGGACUUCUAUCCCAACAACGGAAAGGAACAGCCCGGAUGCACAGAUCUCAGUGAAACAACUCCUUCAUUGCCUCUGACCUUGAUUCGUGAAGGACUGGAGGAAGCAUCUCGUGUUUUGGUGGCCUGCAACCAUGUCCGGGCGAUUAAACUCUUCAUCGAGAGCAUCAACUCCAAGUGUCAAUAUGUGGCUCAUGAAUGCGGCAAUUAUGCGAGUUUUCUUAAGGGAGAAUGUUUUUCUUGCAAGAGCAACAAUAGCCUCAGUUGUGGAGUCAUGGGGUACCAUGCUGAUACGAGUCCGGCUUUAGUCAAGAGGGAGGCAAUGGGUCAAGACGUGUCCUCGCUACUGGGUUCGAAGUUUUUCUUCAGUACCGGAAAAGAUGAUCCUUUUUGCAGAAGACAUUAUAGGAUAACGAUCAAUCUUGCUAGACCUCCUACUGCUGAGAGUUGGGUGCAAGGUUUCAUCAAAGUUACGUUUCACGCUGAGAAUGGGAUCAUUCGUAAUAUAGAUCUUACGCCCAGUGGUUACAUGAAACUAGAACACGGAACCACAACACGAAUGGUCGUCGCACAUCCUGGAGGUUCCACUGGAGAGAUUGGAAAAAUAAGACGAGUUGAAUUGUCCUGGGCUUACGAUAUGGAUGUUUUACAACCACGCUCUCUUUGCUUUUUCUGGUGCAAUGAUCGCUUGUACGUUAAUAGCUUAGUUGUGGAUAUUAUGGAACUCCCAGGAAGAGGGAAAAGAGAAGCAGAUUUCUCCAGCAAACUGUGUUCAACAAGCAAACGUGACUACGCAGAAAUAGCGAGCGGGUCAACUGCCUCGUUUAUUGACAAUUGUUGACAAAUUAUAUAUAAUUGUAUAUUCGUCCCGGUCAGUUAAAAAAAUGUGCAGUGAUUUCAGUGUCUCAUGGAACACUCGCUCCUUAAUUCAAAAUUAAGAAUAUCAUUAGCCAAAGUACCAACAAAAAGUAAAUAAUUUUAAAUAAAAAAGAUCUCAAAAUUCUUCAAAGUCUAAUUUAAUGAAAAAUCGAACAUUUUUCAAAUUGAAUUGUUGCUGAACUUUUGCGACACACAGUGGGGCAAAAAAGUACCUGUGGACGAUAUAAUCCGAUUUAGACGUUAUUUUUCUUUAAUAGAAGCUUUUUAAAUUUUGAAAGGAUUUCAGACAUUCAGAUCAAUCAAAGAUCUUAAAAUAGUUUCAACUAUAUGGGAAUAAUUUCCAGUUGGUUAGAAUAAUUUUAAAAAAAUGUUAUUGUGUCAUAAACGAAUUCAUGAAAAGUCAUUUUUUGGGAUUGGGAAUGUUUAGCUCACAGAUCUUAAUAGAUUUUGUAUAAAUUGUGUCUUAAAAGAAAUGGCACUUCGGAAAAGUUGAAAAAAAUCAACUUUGUAGUUAAAUAACAAAUUUUAAAACAAUUUUAAAAAAUCUAAUAAAAAAACCCGGUAAUAUCGGAUGAAUAGCGCAGGCGAAAAAUUGAUUUGUCCACGGGUACUGUUUUCUCCCCACUGGGCGAUAUCUCGAAAAGUGAAAAUAUUUUGUUAAGACUUUGGCUAAUUCAACGCAAAUAUUGACUCUCUAAUAUAGCGUGUUAUAUAAGAAACACGUGUUCACCAGUAUUAGUACGAAUGAUCGAAUUGUAAAUGUUGUACAUAGAUAUUUGAUAAAACUAGGCUAUCUGUAGAUUACAAUUUCUCAACCUACUUUAAACAGGCUUCAAGCCUGACUCAUGCGGCCAUAUUUAACGAUAAGGAAAGCAAAUUAGUCGAAGAAAAAUCCAGUGUGGAAAAAAAUGCUUUUCCUCUUUUCCAAAACGAAUUACUUCUAUCUCAGUCUCUCAUAUUAGCUUUCCCUGAUAGAAUAAUUCACUUUAGUGAACUACUUUAUAUACAUUAGGAGACCGUUUUUAACUAAUUUUAGUUGUUAAUUUUAUUUUUUAGUAGUUAAUCUUUUGUGAUUCAUAAUAAUUACUUCAUUAACUCUGGGUUUCUAGAAAUUCAGAUAUGGUCUACGUAUAUUAAAAUCAAAGCUUAGCCUGAUUUUAGAAAUAUCCUUCCAUUUUUACAUCGUGAAGCAAAAUGUAAAUAUACAUCAAUUUCUAAGUUUUUGCGGUAGAAAUGAGUACUGUACAGAUUAAUCAGUAGUAGUAUUAACACUUAUUUCUUAAAUGCAUUAAUUUUACCAAAAAAAAUCAAGGAUUUUUUUACACGAUCUAAAAAGUAUUUUUCCGUAACCAAUGUACAGCGAUGCUUGUAUUUUUUUAAAUACAUAUUUAAUUAUAGGACGAAACUUGU